AUGGUGGCCUUUCUGCCUGCGGACACUCACACAGUUAAUGAAACCUGGGACUUAACAUUGUAUCCUAAUGAUACUGUAGUUUAUCCAGAGGGCGCUGUUUGGAACGUGACACUUAUUCAACGAGUGGUGACUUUAGGGAUCAUCAUGACAGCAACCUUAUUAGGAAACGUAAUUAUCGUAUUAGUACUAUCCAGAUUACGUUAUCGGAGACGUUCGUCACGUGUCAAUAUUUUUAUUCUGAACUUAGCAGUUGGAGACUUGGCUGUUUGCGGAAUCACUAUGACGUCAGAACUGCUGUUUGAAGUGUUUGGAGAGUGGGUUCUUGGAGCCGUUUGCUGUAAACUGAUUGUUUACGCUCAGAUAGUGACUCUUGCCAGCACAACCUUCAUCCUGACGUCUAUGAGCUACGAUCGCUACCAGGCGAUCUGUAAACCACUUCAGUCAACCGUCGGAAAUAUUCGAGCUAGGAGACUGAUUUUUACUUCUUGGAUUUUGGCUUUUACUGUGGCUGUGCCCCAGAUUUUCAUCUUUGUUCAGAAAGAAAAAGGCGUUACUACGACAGGUCGGAUACGAUACGAAUGUGUUAGUCAGGGAUACACAGCCAUGUGGCAGAGGAAAGUCUAUUUCAGUUGGCUUACUACCUACAUUUUGGUCAUCCCCACGGUCUGCAUCAGUUUCUGUUACCUAAACGUCUUGCGAACUCUCUGUGCCGCGAGCCGUGAAAGCCCCAAGAAAAAAGAUGACAUUUGUCUUCGUCGAUCUGUCGGUUCAGCGAACGCAAUCCCACGAGCUAAAAUUAAGACUCUUAAACUGACUAUUUGUAUUAUCGCCAGUUUUGUGAUCUGUUGGACUCCCUAUUUUAUCGUCCAUAACAUCCGAAUUUUUAGUAAUUACAAUAUCAAGAUACCCCAAACUGUAAUUGUGGGAGCAGAAACGCUUGCUUUACUAAACAGUGCGCUAAAUCCAAUUUUUUAUGGUUAUUUCAAUGUUCGAGUCCGCAAAGGUUUUAUUGAAAUUGUUUACAGAAAGAAGGAUUUCCGUAGCUGCAUCACAGCAUCCCAGUCAUGCAGCAAUCCUAUGGAUUCUGGGGACACCGCUUGCAGCUCAGCGGUCGUGCAGAAACAGAACUGUCAACGAAAAACCCGCAAGAUGGCGGCGAUCGAGAUAGAAAUGUACAACCGUCAGUUUCUUGGUGGCGGGAAAAGUCGUCAAAAAACAAGGGGUAGCUGUUCUUCUUCUUCGCGUGUUUAAAACAAAGAUACUGUUUAUAAACACGUGUCUCAAACUGAUCUCCAAUUAAAUUAUUUACAAGCCUUACAUUCAAAUUAUUUUGUUUGAUGGAAAUAAAACGAGAAUUUGAGACAUUUGGAAAUAGUUUAAUUUCUAUUUUAGAUUUAUUAUGUAAACAGAAACGUUAAGCCUCACUCUUACCAGACUGUAACUUGUUUAGUGUGAUCGUAAGGUGAGUAGUUAGUAAGUUUUUCAGUAUACUGAUAUCACUUUUAAAAGUAAAAUUCUCAUCUCUUUGUGCCGUAUACUAUACGUAUGUAAUUUCUAUGUGGAUAACAGUCAACUUGUUCUGUAGUUUACAGUGUCUAAAUUAUUACGUUCUCAAAUGUGAAAUGGUAAUGUGUAACGCACACACACUGAUUGAUGUUGUCUUAUGAAUAAUAUGAGAAAAGAUGGCGGGUGCUUAUAGUCGAGUAACGUAAAACGCUCAAUAGUGAUAAUUCAAAUCUUGUAUUUAUUAUUGAAAAAAUAAAAAAACAACAAAGCUUUGCGUCUAUUUAAAAGUUGACGUAAUAAAUAUCUGUUGAUACAAAGCACAAGUCGACCCCUGCUACUCCUAAUAC